AUGUUAGACAACAACAACACUACAAAUUCAUCUUCUGAUACUGCUUUUGCAUUAUCAGAAAAUGGAGGUGCUAAUAGCAAUAACAAAAGAAAAAGAAGACCAGCAGGCACACCAGAUCCAGAUGCUGAAGUUGUGUCUCUUUCACCAAAGACUUUGUUAGAAUCUGAUAGAUAUGUAUGUGAGAUCUGCAACCAAGGUUUCCAAAGAGACCAGAAUCUUCAAAUGCAUAGAAGAAGACACAAGGUACCGUGGAAACUACUCAAGAGAGAAACAACACAAGGAUUGAAAAAGAGAGUUUUUGUUUGUCCAGAACCAAGUUGUUUGCACCAUGAUCCUUGUCAUGCUCUAGGUGACCUUGUUGGAAUCAAAAAACAUUUUAGAAGAAAACAUAGUAAUCACAAACAAUGGGUUUGUGAAAAAUGCAACAAAGGUUAUGCUGUUCAAUCUGAUUAUAAAGCUCAUAUCAAAACAUGUGGUACUAGAGGACAUUCGUGUGAUUGUGGUCGUGUAUUUUCCAGGGUUGAGAGUUUCAUAGAACAUCAAGAUGCAUGCAAUGUGAGAGGGAAGAAUAAUCAACCAGAGUUUCAAGCAACAACAAUGCAACCUGCAUGUUCUUCUAGAACAGCUUCAAGCACAAGUCCAUCAAGUGAGGCAAAUUUUAGUGUGUCAGCCCCAUUACAAGGACUACCAAUUAUUCUUCCAAAACCAUUUGACAAACCUUCCACCUCUCACCAACAUAACUUAGAACUUCAACUCUUGUUACCUUCUUCUACAAAUCCUCAAGCCGAAAAACAAAAUGCAAACGAUCGAAACUACGAAACAACACAUUUGAAACUUUCCAUAGGAAGUAAUAACGAGUCAGAGAAACAAAGAAACUCCAUUUCUGCCUCUACAUUGGAAGUAACAAGAUUGAAGGAGUAUAGUACUGAGGAGCUAAAGUUGGCAAUGGCAGAAAAGGCCUAUGCAGAAGAAGCACGAAAAGAAGCGAAACGACAGAUUGAGAUAGCUGAAGUUGAGUUUGAGAAUGCUAAAAGGAUAAGAAAACAAGCACAAGAUGAACUUGGAAAAGCAGAAGCUUUGAGAAAACAAGCUGUUAAGAAAAUAAGCAACACUGUUAUGGAAAUAACAUGUCAAGCUUGUAAACAAAACUUUCAAUCUUCAACUUCUGGUGUUCCUUCAGAAGAAACAUCCAUUGUUAUGGGUUACAUGUCCUCAGCCACCACAGAAGGAGAAGCAGAAUGA